AUGAUCGUCGCCACCGACUACUUUACUAAAUGGAUCGAGGCAGAAGCUCUAUCCUCUAUUAAAGAAGCCGAUGUGGAGCGAUUCAUCUGGAGAAACAUCAUCUGCCGGUUUGGCUGCCCACAAUCGCUGGCCACUGACAACAGCUCACAAUCCAUUGGCAGGCAGAUCACCACAAAUCAGUCGCCCAUAAGCAGCGUCCUAAGGGAGACGCAGGGCGACGACCAAAGCGUCCUUCGGGAGACGCAGCCCGUAAGAAGCGUCCUAAGGGAGACGCAGGGUGCGCCAGGAAUUUUUUAA